AUGUUGGCCCACCGGCCGUCUCCGACCUCUUCCAACCUUGUAUCAUUUGAGGCAUACCAAGGCCCAUCAAAAGUGUCGCAGCAGCCGAAAAAGAAAACGUCGUCCUCCGCCCACUCCAGAUCGGCAGCAGAACACCCAAGCAGCACCCGAGCCACGCGCGCAUGGAAGCUGGUCGAUGCUAACAGAAUUUUGACCAAGAGGAAGUAUGUAAGAAAACAGCAAAAAGCACACAGUGUGAGUGGCAGCAUUACCACCGAAGCAGGAGCAAAAGCCGAAUCAUCCGACGACCGCACCCUCAUUCCUUCAGACCAAAGUGCCAGAAGCUUGUCCUGGCCGAGUCCACAAUCCAACAUUCGAACGGGCGGGUUAAGAGGCAAUCCUUUUGCGUGCUACCCAGACAACAGUCCUUCUGUACAUGGCGCCCUCGACUUCCUAGUCAACGUCAUUGGAGCCAAUGCUGUACCCGGGACCAUACACAAGAAUGGGUUCAGCCCCAAAGCAUCGGCCUUCAUUCACCUGGGCUUCGAGCAUGAUCUUGUGUUCCACGCAGUCGUCGCCUUCGCUCAAGGAUACGAUGAAGUUGCCAAUACCGGCACUACGGAACCUUCUCCAGCGGUCCUGUAUCACCGAGGCAGAGCUACGCAGUUGCUCUGCGAUCGACUGAAAGACCCGCUGACUCGCGCCGAUGAUGCCUCGAUUCUGACCACCUUCCUCUUAGUCGAUAAUGUGUGGAGGUACGGUGAGAACGAUAUUGGCCGCGCCCACUACAGUGGCCUGCUAAAGAUGAUCGAGAUGAGAGGCGGCCUCGACAAGCUUGGGGUGAAUGGCGUUUUACGAUCCGUGAUUGAAUUCGCAGAAGUCACAGAUAUUGGUGACACUAUGCGCAGUACUAUAACCCCGGCUUUACCUGACCUCAAAUACUGUCGACACCCGUUCCCGCCCCAAGUCUGUGGCCUGAUCGCGAGGUUGCCUGAAGGUUAUGCUGAGAUGGCCAUGCAAGGUUAUCUUAGUGUGGAGACUAUGGUUACUAUCGUCUCAUUGAAGGAUUGGCUCAACACAGACCCAGAAUGUCGCUCGCCGGCUCCUCAUCGGCAGAUUGGCUCUGCUCGUCGUUGUAUGCUUGCUUCGAAGUCCCCGCUUGGCGCCAUGACCGAAGAAGCUGUCUGUUUCGGACUCGUUGUUACUGGCAUGCGAUCCUUCCAUGCCAGAUUUGCCAGAAUGGACCACCCCGUUCUAGACCGAAUUGUUGAGCUCGGCGAGCAUUUCGACAGCCAGGCGCAAAGCAGCAAGCCGACUGCGGAACGGCAGCAUAUCGCAUACAUAACAAUGGUAGCUGUCGAGGCUUCGGAUAAGUGCAUAGAGCUACAAGAUCAUGUCAGAAAGCUCGUCGAUCUCCUGAUCAAACGAGAGAAGUUCGCUGCGAGCUGGGGUGGCAUGGAGAAAGCCAUGAAGCGAUUCUUCUGGAUUGACUUUGCCGCCUCCAGAUGGAAAGAGUGUUGGACCAAGCAUCUUCGACGCCGGGCGGAAGAGCAGGCUCUGGCCAAGGCAAGAGCGGCUCGAUCAUCCGAGGGUGCAUCGAUCUGGGCUACCAUGAACUCAGCACUAAAGUGA